AUGGCCGAACCGAAUACCCUCGAAGCUUUGCAGGCUUUCCACCGCGACUUGGCUGCCAUUCGCGAUGGUCGCCCCGAAGGCGUUGACUCUUUGGACAACCCCGUUAUCCAAGCCAUAUUCGAAAGGGAGCUCGAAAAAACAUGGCACCGGCCUGCAAGAGACGAGAAGAGCCGUCAGGCUGUCAAGUCAGGCAAAGUUGUGAUCGACGAGGAGGAAUAUGCCGUCAACGACGAGUUUCAGCAACUGGUUCUCAGUCUCGCGGACGAAGCCGAAAUAAACGAAAUCGAUGCUAUGCGAUGCCUCUUGGAUUCCGAAGAUGACCCCAUCGCCAUCGCUCGCCCGCUGCUCGAAUGCGCUUUGAUCAGGGUCCACCAACAACGAAGAUACACUCUCGACAGCAUUCGUCUCAUGUUCGAGAUUGAUGCGCUGGACGACGACGAGAUUGAUCCCGAGAUUCUCAAUGGUGUGCAGAUGUAUCUGUCCGCGACUGUCUUCCAAAGCUUGCCAGGCGAAACAGCUUCUUCGCAAAAGAGACUGAUUCCAAAGUGCAUGUCGGCGAUCCAGGAUGUCAGGACGUGGCUCCAGAAAAUCGCCGACAAACUUACGGCUGCGGCCGUACUGAUAAAUGGCAGAGGCGGUCAAGUACCCGAGGAGAUGGAGACGAUUGAGUUCUCCCGCGUGAGCCUUUACCAGCAGCACGAGCUUCUUUCAAUGAUCCUGUGCCGCGCAAUCGAAAAGAGGGAUGCUGAAGUUGGCGAUUUCAAGGCUUUCCUGCAGCUCUUGAGCAACGUGGACAAGUACGACAUUCUUCUGGGUGCGUACAUUACACUCUAUGGCUCGACCGAAGGAGUCUCGAGCCUGACCAUGGCGAGACAACUUAACCCAAUGAUCUGCCCGCAAGCCGAUGAGACGACCCCUUGGCGCCUGGUGUAUCUUCAAGCAGCUGUCAAGGCUUGGUGGCUAUCAGAGUACAGCGGGUGGUACCUUGACGACUCGCUCCUCGGUGGCCUGGAAGGUGUUGAUUUGGACAAAGAGGACAGACAGAGAUCCAAGCAAUUCUUGGAGGCUUUGAAGGAUGGUGCUUUCGACUUCAUCCUCUCUAUUGCCGCAGACGUAAAGACGCCAGAGUGGGUCGACCCGUCAAGAAUAACGAUGCGCAACUGGCUUCAACGAAAGGCGCCUCCGCUCAUCUCAGACUCCAUCACCUUCUCAGAGGAGUUUCAGUCGUCCUUGAUGCUUCAGUUAGAGGUCUUUGUUGAUGCCUUCAUUUCUAACCUUCCCGACGUCCUGCGGAAGCUUCGCGUGGAGGAGGACGAGCAGCGUCAGCUUAGCCAGACACACGAACAGGACCUCGACCUGGAGCGCUUCCUGGUGAUCAUUGCCUACGCGUACGAGGGCCGCCCCGAUGCCGCGAUGAACUUCUGGUCAGACCCCGAUAGCAAUUUGGCUGGAUUCAUGCACUGGGCAUCACGGAGAGCCUCGACGCCGCUAGUUAGCUCGUUCUGCGAAAUGCUGCAGGCCAUUUCAAGUAAUGAGGAUUGCGCAUCGGCCGCGCACGAAUUCCUCUUGGAUGAAGGCCACCAUGCGUCUGGCAAGAUGAGGCGGUCACAGUCCCUUACGUGGCACCAGAUAUUCAGAGAGCUUGUCUUCUUCUCAAACAAGAUUAGAGAAAAGGCCCAGACUCCCCAAGCGCCAUCAACAUACCGGCCUGGCAGACCGACCAGCGACCAGGCCGAGGCCGAGCCGGAAUCUACCAUGAUGUUGCAGUCAUACUUGCGGCUCAUCACCAAGCUCGCGUCCGAAAGCGAAGCCCCGAGGCAAUUCCUGCUCAAGGAACCUAGCUUCAACCUCGUCGAGAUGCUCUUUCAGCUUGCAAGCAGUCCGAUCCCUGCGGAUUUGCGCGCAGGUACUUUCAUGGCCUUGCGUGCUCUCAUUUCACGGAAAACACAAGAGGAGGCCAACAUCAUGUGGCAAUGUCUGGAGGCCUGGAUGAACGGCGCCUACAUUGUGACGCCAAGCCAGCAUCGAUCGCCCCAGAGCUCCCCCAUUGUAUCCAUGGAUACUGUCAGCGACGACAUUUGCCACGGCUUCGAAGAACCCCACGCCUUCAUUCAGCUGCUGAUUGCGCUCAUUUCGCCCCCGGAGGACAGCAGCCCCCUGAAUGAUGGUUUGCCGUUCCCUGAGAAUCUUGGCUCGGCGAAUCGCAUGCCGGGCAUCGAAGUCUACGUCGACACCGUCAUGGGCAAAGUUUUUGCAAACAAGGCUAAUGAAGUCAACGAUGUAAACCAACUGAGGAUGCUUCGCUUGAGCUGCCUCGAGUUUGCAGCAACUUGCUUGGCGACAUUCAACGAAAACCUCAUCAUCAUCGCCAAUGAGACGAACAUUCCCAUUGACUCGGCAAUGGCCGCAACGGAUCUGGCGACAUACGUUAAGCUGCACCCCUUUGCCAGAGUCAUGGAGUGGAUGUUCAACGAUAAGGUUAUUGCUGCACUGGCCCAGACCAUUCAUCAAGACGCAGUGGACGUCGGCAAUGCAGCGCCCACAUCCCCAGUUAUUCUAGGCAUCCUCAGAUCAGUAGAGGUUAUUUCCAAAGUGUUGGAUCUUCAAGCCACUUUCCUCGAUCUUGUGCGUCCAAUCAUCAAGAUGCAGUCGAAUCAUCGACGGGCUCCUGUGGCCAACGCCGCAUACGCCUCCUUCGAGGACGGAUUGGUUGGUCAUCUGAGUUUGGUUGUCGACCUCGGGAACUACUGUGGCCUCGGCCAUCCCGAAUUGACCCUGUCUUGCCUGCGAUUGCUGCAGAAGAUGACGGCAUCUUUCAAAAUUACCUCUGCAUGGUCGUCCACACCGGGCCGCAAGAGCCACCGCAACAAGGCCAUUGUUGCGUUGGAGGCGAAUGGUGAGCACGAGGCCAUUGCCCGGGCUCUCGCCGCGGAGCUGAUGACGCCGCUCGACCUCGCCGGACAAGCCGAAUCACCCAACUACCUCACCAAGACUUACAUACUCGAGUUCUUGUCAAGCUGCUUGGCCGCAAGCCCCAACAAGCCUACCAUUGCUCACCUUCUCCUCGGGUUCACCUGCGGCGUCGACACGCUCUCGAUAGCACCAGAUGGCACCUUUGCCGCAAGAGAUUCACUCUUUCACAGCAUGUUGAGGCUUCUUCUCGAGAGCCCACACGGUGAUGCCACUUGCAUGCGUCACUGGCUCAUUUCACUGAAGAGCAGAUGCAUGCGUAUUUUGCGCGUAUUGUGGACGUCGCCGCUAUCAGCCCCGUUUAUCAUUGACGAGUUGCGGGACAACGAUAUCUUGUUCCACUUCUUGUUGCGAGAGGUCGUCAUUCAACCCCAACUCCUAUGGGAAGAGCACGAAAUCAGCAUGCCUCAGUUCCCACUUACGGAAGGAGCGCCGACGUUCAUCGACUUCCUUGCCUUGCGCAGCAUGAGCUUGGAGUACAUAUCGAUGGAGCUAUGCAGCAUUUCGCAGAGUCGAAUGCCAUCCCUCAAGCGACGCAUCUUCGAGGCUCUCAAUGGCCAGGUUGUGGGCGAGAACAACGAACCCAUGCCUAUUCCCACGAUUUUUGAUUUGUACGACUUCUCACUACCAGACGGCAUUUGGGAUGAGACACUCCCUUCUCUACAGUCUUACAAGGAUCUGGAUCUCAGCUCAUGCCUCGAAGAAGACGAUCACGGCAAUCCCAUAUACAACGUCGAACGGGCGAGGGAAAUUCUGCAUCUCAAGCGCAGUGAACGAAGACAUGACGGCGUCGUGCUCACGGCACAAGAUUUUGCGACUCUGGAAAGGGAAGAAGCGACAAUCAUUGACUACCUCAUUUUCUCCAACCGGCAAAAGCGCAUAGCAUCGCAAGGUCUGGGUGUCCUCAAGACCUGGACAAGCCUGCUCCUCGUCAUGGUUGCAUCGAACGAGUUCAAGGGCACCACCGAAGCGUCUUUCUACCUACAAGCGCUACAGGCCAUUUUGCCUGGUUUGGAGGCUUCUGCGUUCGAGCGGCCUGAGGAAGCCAUGGAGCUUGCUAAGUUGGCCAGGGUGCUUCUUUUCAGACUUGAUUUGACCGCGAAGCCUUCGCUUGACCGUGAGAGCCAGGCGAUUGGCAGCCUGGUCAGCGACAAGCUUUACCAGCUAUUCCAAAUCUGCCUGCAGGCCAUUGGCAAGUGGACUGGUUCCUCAGAUCUCAGAGCGGUGUACUACAGCAUAUGCUAUCGGUACCUCACGGGCAUGGUAGACCAGGGACUCCUCGUUGCCGGCCGUCAGAAAACGAACAAGACUAUUCAGAUGUACGGGGAAAGGCUUAUCAACGUCAUUUGCGACGAUGCGUAUGGCAGCGACGCGGCAUGCCAGACGGCUGCCUUUAUCCUGCUCAACGCGUUGGUCAACCUCGGACGACAGGAAGAUGACCAGCACAUUGUCGAAACACUGAACCGGCUCAACUUUAUUGGAAUUCUCGUCGACUCCCUGCGGACCAUUCUGCAGGACUGGAACGAGAUCAUUCAAACGGGCAACACGGCGCAAGAGACGUACAUUGCCGCAAAGUUUGCGUUGCUCUUGCAGCUCGCCCAGACAAAAUCCGGUGCCAAGUAUAUCUUACACGCAAACCUGUUCCGAUCCAUCGAGGCGUCGGGCCUCUUCGCCGCGGACCCGGAGCUUCAAAUUGAUCCGACGAACCCCAAGGCCCUGGAGAAGCACUACGAGCUCCUCGCAAAGGUCACGCAGGUCGUCGGCGCCGCCAUUGUCAGCCGCGGCUCGAGCAACGUCCUACAGGGGCGGAGGUUCCUGACGGAGCAUCGCAUGUUGGUGACGCACACUCUCAAGCGCAGCGCUGGUAUCGGAACCGUUGAGGGACAGGGUGCGUUGGAAGAGAAUAUCGAGGAGUUGGCUGAGGGCUUCAUGGUCUUGAUUGCCGCGACCGGCUUCCUGGAGUUUGAGAAUGAGGUGAUGCCGGAGCCAAAGAAGCAGGGUCCUGUUUUGUUCACCUAA